AUGUCAAUAAUGGGCCCAGGUAUGAACAUGAACAUGAACAUGAACAUGAACAUGAUGGCCAUGGAUAGGAGCAAAGGUAUGUCUAGCAGGAUCAUGACCAUGUCAAGCAAGAGCAUGGCCAUGUCAAGCAAAAGCAUGUCAAGCAAAAGUAUGUCAAGCAAAAGCAAGAACAUGGCCAGUAAGGCAAUGAUUGGCAUGUCCAGCAAGUUUAUGGUGGGUGUGUCCAACAAGUCUAUGAUGAAGAUGAGGAUGAAAAUGAUGGGAACAGCAAAUCCCUCUUUGACGGUCUUCCCAACUGGAGCUUCAAACAGCCCUUCAGUUGCAACUGAUAACACCACAGAGUCACCCGGCACCGUGAGCCCUACAACUUCUGGAACCACACCUGUUCCAACAACACCAGGAACCACACCCAACCCAACUGAACUGGGGACUACCCCUGGACCCACUACAACCAGGACUAGUCCCGCUCCUACUGUGGUAACUCCAGAGGCUACAACUGCCCCAACUCCAGCAAUUACAACAGGUACAUUAGCCCCAACCACCUCAACGGCAACCACUGUUCCCACAAUUCAGACAGCAACCAUUGCCAGAUCAUUUGGGGCUGGACUUCCCGAAACUAUAAAAUUGAAGGAUUAUGAGGCUGCUGCUGAUGACGAGAGCACCCUGAGCCUUCCUGUUGCCACCAGGUUUCUAUUCCGUUUUUUUGCAAAAACAGGACGAGAACCUACCACUGAGGAAAUCAGUGCACUUGUUGACACCCUUGUUUCCUUUUUUCAGCAAGAAUUCCAGAACAACCCCACUUUCAAACCAAUGUUCAAAGAGUUUCAGCUCACUGAAAUCACUCCAAAGUACAGUGCUACAGACAAUCCUGACAAGUUUAUUUUGGAGUCCAUGGCAUUGGUCAAGGUCAACGCUGGAAAUAGCAAUGCACAACAUGUUUCCGGUUCCACUGCAUCCCAAGUUAUGGGUGCCUCUCACUUUGACGCCUACAUUGGCAACUACCUUAGAGAAAUGGGAUCAUGGAGUGAGUUUUACCAGACACAUACAGUGAGCUUUACUGGUGUCAGCCAUGGUGUCUAG